GCUAUUGAGUUGUGCUUGUGUUGGUGACUCUCGACUGGUCUAAAUAAAAACAUUAUAGAAUAUUAAAUACAUAGGUAUAUGAAUUUAUUUUUUCUUAUAUUUAAUCUAAAAUGUUUACUAUUGACUGGACCUGAAUGCACAGUGUAUUAAAUCAUAAUUUCAUAUAUAUUUGGAAUGGAAAGAGUGUCAAAUUCGAACGAAAUGAGCCGAAGAGUCGGCGAAAUCAUGCGGCGUAUUCAUAGGCUCACAGACGGUCCAAUAACUCGAAAAAAGUUGCUAGUUAUUGUACUCGUGUUAAUAUUUUUAAUCCUAUACCUCGGACCAACCGUGAUGAACUCGCUGUGGAGUCCAGAAGGCUCUUUACUGACUAGUCAAAAUGCAUGCCACCGGAAUUUUAUAAAUCCAUUUCAAGAGUCUGUAAAUGAUUAUGAUGCUUACCUAAGACUAGAGUCUGCAGCUACGUUGUCAUCUAUAAGCCAUAAUUUUGUGCCUUAUAUUGGAAAUGGUUUAAUUGGUAUGGCAUUAGAACAUGAUUCACAUUUAAAUAUAAAAUAUGGUCGAACCUUAUCUCUACCCAUCUUUUAUCAUCCGCUGUAUAUCAUUGACGAUUAUGAUAUGAAGGAAUCUACAUUAGUGGAAUAUACAAGAGGAAUUGUACAUAGGUUUCAAUGCAGUAGCUCUGGUAUUAGGGUUUCAUACCAGUAUUAUGCCCAUAGGACUAUACCAUCACUUUUUGUGCAAGAAAUUUUAAUUAGUAAUCCAUUGAAUGCUGCAAAGACAUUGCAGUUGACUACACCUAGGCUAUCUGAUUGGCCAACAGCAGUUAAACAAACAAUUAAGCUUCAUCAAGGUGUAGAUUCAAAAGAAUAUGAUGUAAUUACCGGGAUGAUGUCUGUACCUGAUAGUGAAGAUGUCAUUGCUGUGUCCAUUGUGUCCAGAAAGAUUGGCAAUACUAUUCAAGUAGAAGCCAAAGACGGGUUAGAUAUAAUGAUAUUAACAACAGUUCAGUACAGUAAGCCUAUAAAAAAAACAGCCUAUGCAAAACAAAAAGAUGUUGUGGAGAAGAAAGCAAUUGAAGAAAUGGAAAAAGUUAUUGCUUUGACAGGUGAUAGAGCAGCUGUCAGAAACCUCAGAGACAAUCAUGCUAGAGUGUGGCAGGGGUUAUUCUAUACUGGAUUUUACAUAUCAGAUUCUAAAGCAUCUGGUGCAAUUAACGGUGAUCAAAUUAAUGCAACUAUUUAUGCUAUACUGUCUCAAGUGCGGAGCUAUGAACAUGAAGAACAUAUUAAGAUCAAUACUAAAUCAGAAAUUCUCCGGACCCUCACAUAUUCUGAGGGCUGUUAUGGAGGAUACUCUACAUUGGAUGCACUUAACCUAUGGAAGCCACUAAACUCAUUAGAAAGCUUGAAUAAUGUUGCAAGCAUCUGGUUAUUGACUCUGGAAAAGCAAGGAUGCCAUAAUUUAUUACGAGCAGGAGCUAGCGGUGUGAAUCAAGCUAUGAUACUUAGUUUUGGUAGCCUAAGAUUUAGCAAUCAACACCUAGAAUACAAUAUUCACCCUUCUAAACUUCACAGAGACUUUCUAUUUCGUCGAGUCAACUAUGGAAACAUGACUCAUGUGAAUAUUAGUAUUAUCUUGCAAGAAGACAAUAAGGCAGCAAUAUUUGUUGCAUUAGAUCGUUCAGAUAAAACCUAUUAUGCAUGUGAUGCAGGUUGUUUAGAUAGUGCUGUUCAAUUGGGACCAUAUAGAAAAUACUUUCCUGUAAAACUAACUGAACCAUUAACCGCCAUUCUGUACAUAACUGCCGAUAAGCAACAUAUGGAGGACUUGAAACAUGCUAUUCAUGUACAUGAGGUUGUGGAGGCACCAGCACAUGAGUCACAUGUGAUAGCCUUGCAUAAGCAUGGCCACUCACUGGGUGGACUGAAUCCUCUGUUCUGGGUGUCAAUAAUUCUUCUCAUCGUUGUGUUCCACUUAUUCUUAUGCCGGAUUAUUAUGAAUGAGUUCUGUGACAGUAGCACAAGUAUAAGUUAUAAGAGGCUGUACAAUAAAGCUUGAUUGUGAUAUUUAGGAGUAAUAAAUUAUGAGCUGUUUCAGUAUUGUGAUUAACACUAAUAUAUAUAGUGAGACUCUGACGCAUCACAUUUAUUUUAUAAUGCUUUAUAUUGUUUAUAUAUUUAAGCUGUGUUGCAUCAUAUUAGCUGUUAUAAUUAUAAGGUUUAAGUCAAAAUUAAUGUUAACAGCAACACUGAAUUUAACAUAAGACUAGGGAAUGUGUUGCACCAUCAUAUUCCUUGGCAUAGUUUACCAGAAUCUGUGAUUAGUGCAAAAUCAGUAAACAGCUUUAAAAAUAGACUUGAUGAACAUUUUAAAAAAACUAGGUGCAGUGAUAUGCACACAUUAGAUCAAUGAUCUGCUAGUGCAUUAUAAUAAUAAUAAUAAAAAAUAGUUUAAGUUAAAAAAUGAAAUAUCAAGUCAAUAUUGAAUUUAUUUGAAACUUUUGACAUUAGCAAUAGCUUUAACCGGCAAAGAUUGGAUGGGUGUGGUUAACACUUAAAGUUAUGACAUUAUCUAACAACCGUCAAAUGGAGCAACAAAUUUUUUGCAACCGGUACUUUAAUACAUUUUUUCUUGCUAAAGUUUGUUGGUGCAACACAGCCUUAAAAUUACAGUUGACAGGAGCACAACCCUAGAUUAAGGAUUGGUCUCCUCUGCACUCCAACUAGAUACCGCACUACCUAAGAGUAAUAGCUAUUUUAUAAUGGCAACUAUUAGAUGCUUGUGUGCAUGGCAACUUGACACUCAAUGGCACCUUUCAAAUUUUGUAACAUACACUUCGUGUUAUUUUACAUUGAAAUUAAUAAAAAAAAUACUUGCUGAUGAUAUGUGAUCCCAGUGUCUUUCUUAUUUCUUGUAGUAUUAUUUUUACAAAGUUUUACUACACAAUCAACUACAAAACAAUGGCAUUUUAGUUUCAACUAUGUAUUAGCAAAGUUUAAGAUGUGGCACGUCAAUUUCACACAAAGUUCGAGACUGGCUCAGGUACAGCCACUUGGCCGUAGUAUUAGUUGCCGCAAUUUGCGACUGCGGUAUCCAGUUGGAGCGCAGCAGAGACCAAUCCUUAAUCUAACAGCACAACAUUGAAUUUAUAAGAUGUUUGUAUUGUCUGUUAUCUGAAUGUGACUUAUAGUAACUCUCUUUUAGUUCUAUUUUCAGAUAACUGUUUUGCAUCGUUUUCUGUAUCAACUUUAAUAGUAAUUCCAUAAAAUAUUUGCAUCAUAAUAAUUUUGUCAUUGUUUUUGCUUUACAAGCAUUGAAUAUUAUAUUAAAUAUAUAAUUUAAAAUUGUGAUAACCAAAUGUUAUCAGGACAUUGCAGAAUAUAUAAUUCCAAAGGUAAUAUAUUUGUUGUUAUUACAAACCACACAAUUGUUUUUAUGUUUUUAUCUAUCAGUUAGCUUAUUGCCAACAUUAAAACACCCAAUAUUCUAAUAACCAUUACAUCAUCCAAACGAGUGUUGUAAUGUUAUACUGAAUUUCAUAAUAACACUCCUAUGUUUUUUUUGCGAUCCCUUCAUGCGCAAAGAGUUUCAACAGACAGCCACAUUCUUAUUGCUCGAUGCGUGGUAUCUGUAUGAAUUUCAAAAAAAGAACAUUUCGUUUACGCGCGUUCCAAACUACCAGAACCGUCGCGCGCCGCAAAAAAAAAGAAGUUAAUCGAAUCCCCGCCAUUUUUCUUCGAUAUUUUUAUUGUUUUGUUUACAAAAAAUGAGCGAUUCAUUUUAAACGCUGCAAAAGAACAUUAUAUUCGAGUGAAUUUUAAUUAUUGCACUAUACAAAAUAUAAAUUACUACUAAAAUAAUUAAUUGUUUCAUUAAUACUUAGUUUAUUUGUAUAUAAUCAGUAAUGAAUGAUAUCAGGUUACUACUAGGACUGGUGUUUUAAUGUUAGCAGUAAGCUAACUGUUUCAGAAUCUUUUAGAGGAUUCAUAUUCUCGGUGUAGAUAAAGUCUUGUAUGCAACUGUUAAUAAUUAGGUAUAAAAACACUCAUGUGAUACUACCCGCAUUCGUGUUUUAAUACCCCUUAUUACACAACAGUUACAUAAAUAACUAUAAUAUAUUAUGCUGUAAUUCAGUAUACUUAACAGUUUUAGUUGGGUCUAUUGCUGAAUUUAAUACUAUGCACUGGAGUAAAAAAAACUUUGAAUCUUAGUCACAUUAAAUAUGAUCACCAGUCAUUAUAAGUCAUUUAUACAUAUAACUGGAUAUAUAAUUAAUGUAACGAGUUUGAUGACGUACACAUUCGUAUAUCACACGACGAUUUUCAAUACAGUUGUUAUAUUAGAAAACGUAAACAUAAUAUAAUUCAUAUUCAACAUUAUUUUAGGAAAUGGCGCGUUCUUGCGACAGGACUUUUUUUUACAAUGAAACUAGGCAAGGGGUCGUACGCGUAAAACUGUCUAUUCGAUUUUUGACAAAUGUUGAUGUGAAAAUAAUUAUUAAUAUAACAAGUAACCAUUUAAAAGAAUUUGCGAAUUCAGUGCUAAGACGGACGUAUAUACUUAGAAGAAGGAGCCUGUAUAAAAGAUUUAAAUUUCGAAUCAUAAUUGGAAGUAAUUCCAGAAAAACGUUCCAAACCACAACCAUGUCGAAAUUGAGUUAAGAACACAAAACUGGUCACAUGAUUCAUAUUAAAAAUGACAAAAAAUGGCAGUCCUAUUGUCACUCUUUAAAUGACAUCAUGUCUUAGUAGCCCAACUCACAUGUAUGGAAUACACUUAUAUUUAUUAAACUUUAAACACGAAUUUCUUAAAAUGUGAUGGUUGUGGCCUGGAACGUUUUUUGGAAUUACGUCCAAUUACAGCCUCUGAAACUAGGUAAGUCAUGUUUUUAACAACUGUAUUGAAAUUGAUUUUAAAUCACCUGCUUAUAUUUCAUAUGAAACAAACUUUAGUUUCCAGUCAGACAGCUCAAAAAUUAUUUAUAUAAAAUAAUAUAAAUUUUGAUUUAACAUAAUAAUAUAAUUUAUUUUAUAAAUUUAUGACUUAAACCUUAUUUGUUAUAUUAUAUGAAAUUUGUAUGUAUAAGAUAAAAACUUUUCACUCUCUCAAUUCGGACCAAUUUGCACUCACAUAAGGAAUUUUCAUUCAAUAUCGAAUCGGUAGGUACUUUCGAAGUUAAUCGAGAAUAAAAUUUUUAUAUCUAUAGAUAUUAUAUAUAGAAAAGGUUUAAUUUUAAUGAUGAACAACUUCAUUACGUACUUACCUACUUUUCAAGAUAACGCAACAAUUACGAUAGCUGUCUUGUCAAUAAAGAGAGCACAUUAUGAAAGUGUUUUUUUAAUUUAUAAUAUAUCUAAAUAUGUUACGUUUUUAAAGUGAUAACCCUCACUUCUAGGAUUAAUACACAAAUAAAAUUUGAUAAACAAAAUUUUAUGAACGAUGCAGGAUUGCGGGAUGCGACUCUCGGGUGAGAGUUGAACAAAGCAAACAGAAUUUUAUAACGAGGCGGUACUCGAACGGUUAGCUCAUUUGGUUAGAGCACCGGCACGGAACGCCGGAGGUCGUGGAUUCGAAUCCCGCAUCGUUCAUAAAAUUUUGUUUAUCAAAUUUUAUUUCUUUAUAAUAUAUUACAAAAAAUAUAUAAUAUUUAUAUACCGAACAGGCGCUACUUGUGGCGACUGUUACCAGUAAUUCUGCUCCAUGAAAAUUAAAGUUAUUAUAUUUUUUAUGAUCGCUAAUAAAAUGCUCGCACAAUAAAUACCUUUAUUUAUUUACUGUGUACGUAGAUUGAUUGUACUCAAUAACUAUGGAAUUUUUACUUAUUAAUUUACAUUUACUUUUUUUUUACUUACUCGUGUAGGUAAGGCAUAAAGUAUUUGACGUUUGAGUUUUUGUUGGAUAUCUUUUUAUUGUAAUAAUUUGUAAAAUUAUGAGGCUGUAAAUGUUGCUUUAAAAGAGUGGCAAUGCGUUUCUUACGACUUCUUCUCAUUAAAAUUGAACCUUUUCCGAAGUGGUUGUAAUGUAAAAAUAAAACUUUUGACAUUCAUAAGUGGAAUUUCCUUGACCUGCAUGAAUAAAGUGUUUUUGAUUUGAUUUGAGAGACAUAUAUUGUUACACCUAUAUUAUGUGACGGGACAAUUCAACAUGUAAAUAGAUAGAAGUUUAAUUAUUUUUUGUUGUAAUGUUUUAAAUAUGAAUAAGUGCUUAAAGUGGGACUGUUUUUUGUAUUACAUACGUAUAAAUGUUUAAUAAAUAAGUAAAAUGUUA